AUGCCAUACGAUCCUAUUCAAAGUUUGAUCCACGAGGACGAGAAUCCCGAUGAGGUGUUUGAUCCGGCCUAUUUGAUCACGGACGGUGAUGACGCUCCAGCCCGUCAUCCGACUCUGGAGCGCCUUUGGCGCCAAGGUACCGAAAGCCGUCAAUUGAUGGAAGAUAGUCAGUCUUUCGUCAUCGCGAAGGUGGUUCUUGAUAGCGAGUUGACCCCGUUGCUGACCUGGAAUGCUAGCGUGGGUUCCAAGAGAACCAAGUUGAUCGAUUUCAAAAGUUUUCAAGAUUUCGUGAACAACCUUGGAAAGAGUCGUAGCUCCAAAGGCACCGUCCACAUCGUGCUGGAGAAACCUCAGGUUAAGGCCAAAAAGAAUGCCCAGGCUAGCGGGGCGGUGGCGUUUAUCCAAGGAAACGCUGGGCCAACUCCCCUUGAGGCGGAAUUGGCUGCUUCCCAGGACCAAGUCGCGGCGGCACAAGAGGAGACUUUGCGCGAUGGGUACACGACCCGCGGAAUUGCUCCAAACACGGUCGAGUACAAGCGCGAAAUGUUCAAGAACGCGCUUGUUCAUCACGAUAUGAACGUGGACGACCGUGUCAGAAGAAGAUACCCCGUUGCGUCACCCAGCUCUAAACCAUCGGGCUCGAAGGCAAGAAGUCAUCACAAUUUCUUUUCGAAUGCCCCUUCCGUCGAAGUCAAAGUGAAGGUCGAACCUGAAAGCCCACCCGGGGCGAAGCACGCAAGGACUUCCUCUACCAGCGGGUUCAAUUCCCAAAAGAAAGUCAAGAAGGAACCUUCUGAGUUCGGGCUUAAUGCGGGAAAAUCUAUUUCCCUCCUCACUGACGAGGAUAUCCCCAAGUCUGACCCUUACGUUCCCGACUCCGACGUCGAGUUCGUGGUCACCCAUGCGACACUAUUGGACGACUUCCUUUUUGAGUGCGACGUUGCCCGCAACGAUCUCGCAACCCGGGCCAUCCUGCGCAAGGCCCAAGUGACUUCUUGGACCGAUCUCGUGCCUAGCAUGCAGAUGACCGCUAACGUGUUGACUGGGCAUGGCAUGCCCUUCAACUUGGCUCUUCGCCUGAUUAAUGCGGCAGCCGAAGCGGAUGCUCAAAAUUGUCCUUCAACUUCCGCGAAUCGAUACUUGGGCACCCUGCCCUUCACUGAACCUUUAAACCUCUCAAUUAAAAUGUGUCCUAUCGAAACACGGUUGUAUUUUCGAAUGUGA